AUGGCCUGGUCGUAUGUUAUCAGCAAUACCGAACUUAUGACACACAAGGAGGCACUUCUGAAAACGGAAGCUGGUCAGAAACUGUCACCGGAUGAAAAAAAUAAAAUCUACCUUGGUAUACGGCAGCUAAACAUGCAGGAGAUGUUCGCCUAUUCACCCACCUCACCACCACCUCAACCGUAUCCAUAUCGAGACCAGAUUAAUUCAUCAGCACUGUUCAGGUUAUUUUUGAUGCAAUGUCUAUCGCGCUCAAUGAAUGCAACAGAAUGGAGUACCACCGGAUGCACUGCAAGUCGUGUGAUUUUAGCCCAAAAGCAUAUUAUUCUUGCCUCUCUCUUUAUGGUUCACAAUUGUUGA